CGGGCCGGAGCCGGGGCCCGGCGGCCGGGGCGGGGGGCGGCAGCCCGGCGGGGAGGCGGCCCCGCCGCCCGGCAAGGGCAGGAAGGCGAAGCGGGGAGCCGCGGCGGGCAGCGGCCAUGCGGCGGCGGCGCUGGCCCGCGUCGGCCACACGGACAGCAGCUCCGACCUCUCCGACUGCCCCUCCGAGCCGCUCUCCGACGAGCAGCGCCUGGCCCCGGCCGCCAGCAGCGACGCCGAGUCCGGCACCGGCUCCAGCGACCGCGAGCGGGAGCCGCCCUCCGCUCAUCCCGCCGCUCAUCCCGCCGCUCAUCCCGCCGCUCAUCCCGCCGGCCCCGGGCGCGGAGCUCCGGCGGCCCCCGGCUCCCGCGGGGAUGCGCCGCCCGCGGCCCCGGGCGGGGGGCGAGCCCCGAGCCGCGGGGAGCCGCCGCCGGCCGCCCCGGAGGAGCUGCAGCGGGAGGUGGAGGAGCUGCGCUCGGAGAACGAGUACCUCAAGGAUGAGCUGGAUGAACUUCGGGCUGAAAUGGAAGAAAUGCGUGACAGCUAUUUAGAGGAAGAUGUUUACCAGCUGCAGGAGCUCCGGCGAGAGCUGGACCGGGCAAACAAGAAUUGCCGCAUUCUGCAAUAUCGUCUCAGGAAAGCUGAACAGAAAAGCUUGAAAGUUGCACAAACAGGCCAUGUGGAUGGAGAGCUCAUUAGGAGCCUGGAACAAGAUUUAAAGGUAGCCAAAGAUGUUUCUGUCAGACUGCACCAUGAGCUGGAGAGUGUGGAGGAGAAACGAGUUAAAGCAGAAGAUGAAAACGAAGUCCUUCGGCAGCAAAUCAUUGAGGUGGAAGUAUCCAAGCAGACUCUGCAAAAUGAGCUGGACAAGUUAAAAGAGAGUUCCCUGAAGAGAAGAGGCAGCAGAGAAAUCCACAAAGAAAAAAAGACAUUUACCCAGCAGAAUUGCAAAACGGAGCUUCUUGGAAAAUACCAGGCACCAGGCAAAACACAAAGGAAAGUGGUUCUCCAGCGCAAGGAGGACAGUGCUGAUUUGAAGUGCCAGCUCCAGUUUGCCAAAGAGGAGGCAGCGCUGAUGCGUAAGAAGAUGGCCAAACUGGGGAGGGAGAAGGACGAGCUGGAGCAGGAGCUCCAGAAGUACAAGUCCAUCUACGGAGAUGUGGACAGCCCCCUGCCCACCGGGGAAGCAGGGGGCCCACCCAGCACCAGGGAGGCUGAGCUGAAGCUUCGUUUGAAGCUGGUGGAGGAGGAAGCCAACAUACUGGGCAGGAAAAUAGUGGAACUGGAGGUGGAGAACAGGGGGAUUAAAGCUGAGAUGGAGGAUAUGAGGUGCCAGUACGAAAAAGAGUGUCUCAGCAGGGACCACAUUUCAAGCAUUCCUACCUCGCCCUACGGAGACUCUGUGGAGUCGGCCACAGAGCUACGCAGGCACCUGCAGUUUGUGGAAGAGGAAGCAGAGCUGCUGAGGAGGUCAAUCUCUGAAAUUGAGGAUCACAACAAGCAGCUAACGAACGAGCUGAGCAAAUUCAAGUUCGAGCCGGGCCAGGAGCCUGGCUGGUUGGAUGACGCGGCAUCCAAGGGUGGUGGGACCUUGCAAGAGGAGCUGAAGUCAGCCAGGUCACAAAUCAACGAGCUGAGUGGGAAAGUGAUGAAGCUGCAGUACGAGAACAGGGUCCUGAUGUCCAACGUCCAGCGCUAUGACCUUGCCUCUCACCUGGGCCUGCGCACGUCCAGCCCCAGGGACAGCGAUGCCGACAGCGAUGCUGGAAGGAAGGAGAGUGACAGCGAGGAUGGUCGCCCGCCACAGCCAAAGAGAGAGGGGCCCAUUGGGGGUGAGAGCGACUCCGAGGAAGUGUACGAGAAGACGUCGGGUUUUGGGAGCGGGAAGCCAUCGGAAGUCAGCGACCUGUGCUCCACCGAGCUCAUGAGAGUGAAAGAGGACACGGAGUCCUUGAUUAACAUCAAACGUGAGGCCGAGCGACUUGAAAGGACAGUGGAGCGCCUCAUCACCGACACGGACAGCUUGAUUUACGAUGCAAAGGUGCACAUAACCAGCAGCCUGUCCGCCGAGCAGGAUUUCAGGAGUGCUGAGGAAAGGGGAGAAGAUAAGCAUGAACCAGAGCUUCUGGACACUGUCAACUCCAGGAUGAAAGCUUUCCGGAAGGAGCUUCAGACCUUCCUGGAAAAGGUUGAUCACAUUGGAGAGGGCCUUAAGGAGCAGAUGGAGGACCUCUCCCCUCUUCCCCAUCUCACAGAGUCUUCCAGUUUCCUAUCCACAAUGACGUCCAUGUCCCGAGACUCCCCCAUUGGUAACCUGGGGAAGGAAUUAAUCACUGACUUCCAGUCCAAACUGAGGGAUCAGAUGGAGUGGCAGCUCAAACAAGACCGUGGAGAGGAGCAAGAGAUUCGCCACCAGCGAGCCACCACCGACCCACACCGCAGAGCUGAUGGAGACAUUAAACUCUACAGGCCAGGAGACAAGGGCUGUUUCAGUCUAGAGAAUGUAUCGAUACAGGAGCUUCAGGCUCAGCUUGAGCAGGAGACAAGACUUCACCGAGAGGAGCAAGAAAAGUUUACAGAAAGGAUCAUCCAGCUGGAGGAGGAGCACAUGCAGACCCUGCGGAGAAAAGACUUGGAAGUGCAGAGCUUGACUUUGCAGAACAAACUGGAGGAGAAGACCUGGAGUCAGGAGAAAACUCUGCUGCAGCAGGAACUCAGGCAUUUCAAGCAGGACACCUUCCUCCUGUAUGUCAAACUGAAGUGGCUGCUGAAACACUGGCGGCAAGGCAAGCGAAUGGAGGAGGAAGGGGAGGACACAUUAGAGAUCGAGCACCCUGAGGCCCUCCCAGACUAUGGCAUUCAGUCUGAGCAGAAGACAAACAGUGCAGAGAGAGAGGAGGAGGAAGAGGAUGUUGUGUUUGCACUGGCAGACUUCUCCCAGCAUCCCACCACGGAGAGCACUGAUCAUGGACCACAGCUGCAGACUGCAGAAUUACUGCAGCAGCAGAAGCAGGCGGGUGAGAGCAGGAGGCUGCUGAAGGCUCUGAAGGGUUUGCUGGACGAGUUCCGCGCGGAGCUGCGGGACGAGGAGCGGGAGCGCCAGGGGCUCCAGCAGCAGUACGCCCUGCACAGGGCAGCCUGGGAGGUGGAAAUGACCGAGCUCAAGUGCCGCCUCCAGCAGCUGGAAGGGAAGAGUGAGAACAACUCUGGAGAAACAGGUCUCAGUUUGGAUGCAAAGGGAGCUUUUAAAAGGGAGAGAGAGGAGCACAAGAAGCUUCUGGCUGACAGUCACAGUGUGGUGAUGGACCUCCGCUGGCAAAUCCAGCACAGUGAGAAGAACUGGAACCGGGAGAAGGUGGAGCUCUUGGACAGGCUCGAUAGAGACCGGCAGGAGUGGGACCGCCAAAAGAAGGAGCUGCUCAGGAGGAUAGAGCAGCUCCAGAGGGAAGGCAGCCCGCGGAGAGGCGAGCAGGGCCCCCUCCGCCCGCCGCGCCCCGCGGGCUCCCGCUCCUACUCCGACUCCGACACCGGCCAGCUCGACGGGCGGGCGCUGGCCAAGCUGAAGGAGAGCGACCGCUGCAGCGGCACGGAAAACCUCUUCCUGGAAUCGCUGUCCCUCGACUCCCGCCACGAGCCUGGGGAGCACCGCCCUCGGCAGCUGGAGCGGGACAAGCUCCUGACCGCGCUAGCAGAAGAGGAAGAAACACACAAAGGAAGUCUUCAAAGGGCAAUGUCUGUUUCUUCCAUGUCCGAAUUUCAGCGCCUCAUGGAUAUAUCUCCAUUUCUACCAGAAAAAAAUUUGCCUUCAUCUGGCAGCAAAGAUGAUAUAACCCCUCCCUUGUCUCCUGAUGAUCUGAAAUACAUUGAGGAGUUCAACAAAAACUGGGAUUACAAUAACACUAGGAGCCAUGGUGGGGCAACUGAGAAGCCUGCAGAGGGCUGGGCAGAAAGGACAGAGAUUGGAAAAGCCGGGAAUGAUCCUGCUUCAGAUCCAUUCCAGGCAUCCUCAUGGUACCUCACCACCAGUGUCACUAUGACCACCAACACCAUGAGCAGCCCGGAGCACUGCCAGAAGCAGCCGACGAGGAGUCACAGUGUCACUGACAAAAUGGGAGUUCGGGUGUUUCACAGCCCACCUGUUGUCCGUAGGUUUGAGAACUCGGUGAUAGCUGGCAGUGAAGGGAAAAGCCAGGCUGAGCCAGACUUCCUGUUUUCUGUGACCAAAGCUAUGGGGAACGUCACUGAGACAAAAGGUGCUUCCUCAGAUAUGUUUGGAAGGUGGUCCUGCGACCUGGCCAAACAUCAUAAAGAUUUCCUGGAGAACGGCCUUCAUCCCAUUGAACGUCCUAUUUGCACUACUGUGGGCUUUGCCUCACCCUUGCACAGCCUGGAGAUGUCCAAGAACAUGAGCGAUGACAUGAAGGAGGUGGCUUUCUCUGUCCGGAACGCGAUCCGCUCCAAUUCCACCGAGCCCCAGUUCAAGGACACGGCGUGCCAAACCAACGGCGUGCGGACCACAGGGACGCAGACCACGCAGACCAUCAGCGUGGGCUUGCAGACAGAAACCCUGCGCAGCAUCACCAGCAGUCCACACAAGUGUCUGACGCCAAAGGGGGGGUCCACGCCCGUCUCUUCGCCAUCCAGGAGCCUGAGAAGCAGGCAGGUGACCCCCGUCAUCGAGAAGGUCCAGGCUAAGUUUGAACGCACGUGCUGCUCCCCCAAAUACGGCUCCCCAAAGCUGCAAAGGAAAGCCCUUCCCAAAUCAGACCAGCCAAAUAACCGGGCUUUGCCCGGCACGCCUCAGAAAGGGUUCAGCGAGUCCGCCUGGGCUCGAUCCACUACCACACGGGAGAGUCCUGUCCACACCACUAUCAACGACGGCCUGUCCAGUUUGUUCAACAUCAUUGACCACAGCCCCAUCUUCCACGAGACCUUCCAAAAAUGCCCCAGGUCUGGCAGCAGGUCCAGGUCAGCAGAACCCAGAGCAGAGCUGGGCACGUUGCAGGAGCCGUGUACAAAUGCCCGUGGCAGAUCACCCAGUCCUCUCCGGCUGGGGACUGAGACACAAAAGGAAGAAGGAACUGAGGUGACAAGUAUUAGGCAGGACUUAUCUGCUCCUCCAGGGUACACACUCGCAGAAAAUGCUGCCAGGAUCUUGAAUAAGAAACUUUUGGAGCAUGCCUUAAAGGAAGAGAGAAGGCGAUCUUCGCACAGCCCACCAAAUCUUAGCAAUGACAACAGCACAGGAGAAAUUGUCAAAGUAGAUCCAGGGUCCAUAGAGGAACUGCCUUGUUCUGCACUAGCCCCGUCCCUCCAGCCCUGCUUCUCCCGGCCAGAGAGACCAGCGAAGCGGCGCCCACCGUCACGAUGGGCCUCACAUUCCCCUACUGCCUCACAGUCACAGUCCACCGGAGAGCUGACGCCCUCGGAGGAGCGAGGAAGCACGGAGCUGCUGGCAGACAGCCCCAGCCAGGGAGGGGAGCCGGCCUGACCCCGCACGGGAGCAGGGCUGGCCACCGCUCGCCCCCGCCAGGUCGCCCGCCAGCCGUCUCUGCCACCAAGGAGAGGUCCACGAAUGUUCUCAGACACAGCUGCUGAAUGUCCGACCUGCGAAACAGAGGUGUUUCUAGAAUGAAACAGUUUAUGUGCCUGGAAUAACUUAAUUUUUUUCAUAGCUGAGAAAACUAUUUUUGUCUCCAUCUUUUCUACAUACAAUAUAUUAACAAAAAACGAACAAAAAAAAAAUAAAAGGGUUAAAAUGAUAUAAAGUAAGAUUUAAAAUAAAAUGUAAAUUAAGUUUUAAGGGAAUUUGAAUACGUGCUCGCGCUCUCUCCAAAUACUGACUGCCUUUUGGUUAUAUUUGCACUGUUACGUUUUCAGUUUUGGUUUUGGGUAUUUUGGGUUGGUUUUUUUUUAAAUUUCAUGUAAAACUAGGGUCUUAAGUUAAUUUUAUUCUAUUUUAAUGUCAGUGUUAUCGGUUUUUAAAGGUAAGGUUCUUAAAGAUGCUUCAACUCUCUGAAGCGAUACCUUUUAAGUAGUGAAGAAAGCCAUUAAGCUCGUUCACUAGACUUGUAAUUAAUUGAGAUGGAGGGGAAUACAGGUAAACACAAGUAAAUGUGUAAAAAAAAAGAAAAGAAUGCCUCAGAAAGUCUUACAGAGUUAGCUGUAAAAUACACCUACAAUACUUGACUUGCAUGCCUCUGGGUCCUCGCACUUUAGUGCAUGUACAUACUGCUACUGUACCAUCACAUAAAUGUGAGUCAAUCUGUUUCACUGUAAUAUUGUUGUGAAUUUACCUGUACUGUACUUUUAUUGUUGGUAUUCUUGCACUGAGUAUACAAAAAAAGAGUUUUUAAAUUAUUGUUAGCAGUUCAACUGGCUAUGUACAGUGUUUACUGAGAACUUCCUUCGUUUUGGAAAAACCAUGGAAAUCUCUGGGCAUACUAAAUUGUAACUGGUCUUGUUUAAGAGUCUGUUGGAGACCAUGUGAAGUGGAAAUAAAACCCUCAGUAUUUACAA